CCAUCGCGUCCCAUUUUUGUUCUAGAAGAAAAAGCAAAGAAGGAAGAGGUGGAGAGUUUUUUUGGAUGAGGCCACUGGCGGUGAAGUUACCGCUAUGGUGGGCAGUGACUUUACUGCUUAUUCUCACACCCUUGUCUGCCAUGGUAGACUCCGGGACGGUGCUGAAGCUUGACCGCCUCCUCCCCGGCGGGAUGGGCCUUGAGGCUCUUAGAGCGCGCGACAGGGCUCGCCAUGCCCGUCUCCUUCUUGGUUCCUCGCCCCCCGCUGCUGCCUCUGUUGUUGAUUUUCCUGUUGAGGGUUCUGGGGAUCCCUACACCAUCGGGCUCUACUUUACGCGAAUAAAAUUAGGGAACCCACCAAAGGAAUUCUAUGUCCAGAUUGAUACUGGGAGUGAUAUCUUGUGGGUCACCUGUGAGGCCUGCAAUGGUUGCCCCACUAGAAGUGGACUCAAUAUCCCGCUUGAAUUUUUUAAUCCUAGGGAGUCAUCAACAGCAUCACUGGUCGGUUGUUCAGAUGUGAGAUGUGGUUCAUUUCUCCAGAUAGGAGAGAAAAAAUGUGCCACCUCAGACUUCCCCAGCCCGUUAUGUGGUUACAAUUUUCAGUACGGGGAUGGCAGUGGAACAUCAGGAUAUUAUGUCUCUGACACAGUCCAUUUUGCGACGAUUGAUGGGAAUGAGCAGAUGACGAACUCUUCAGCGGCUGUUAUUUUUGGAUGUAGCAACCUACAGUCUGGAGACCUUAUGAAGUCAGAUAGGGCAAUUGAUGGGAUUUUUGGGUUUGGACAGCAGGAGUUAUCUGUCAUUUCACAGUUGUCCUCUCAAGGAAUGGCUCCAAAGGUUUUCUCUCAUUGCUUGAAAGGCUCGGAUGACGGUGGUGGCAUAUUGGUGCUUGGAGAAAUUAUACAACCAAGCAUUGUUUAUACCCCAAUUGUUCAGUUGCAGCCUCAUUACAACAUAAAUUUGACAAGUAUUGCGGUCAAUGGACAACCUUUGCCUCUUGAUUCAUCAUUUUUUUUAACAUCAAGCGCACAAGGAACCAUUAUUGAUUCAGGAACUACAUUAGCUUACCUUGCUGAGCAAGCUUAUGAUCCUUUUGUUAAUGCAGUAACUGCUUCCGUAUCAUCAUCCGUAAAUACUCUUAUUGUUAAAGGAAAUCAGUGUUAUGUUACAUCUAGCAGUCCUGAAGAGGCAUUUCCUUCUGUCACGCUGUAUUUUGAGGGAUCUGCAUCCAUGGCACUUAAGCCGCAAGAUUACCUCAUUCAGGAAGGCCAAAUUGAUAACGCCCGCAUAUGGUGUAUCGGCUGGCAAAAGAACACUGGUACGGGGGUAACCAUUUUAGGAGACCUUGUUCUAAAGGAUAAGAUUUUCGUGUACGAUUUACUUAAUCAACGCAUAGGCUGGACAGACUAUGACUGUUCAUUAGCUGUCAAUGUUAGCACAUCUUCCACCAAGACGGAGUUUCUGGAUGCUGGACAGCUUAGUCUUGGCGGCUCAUCACAUCGUGCACAUUUGAAGCUACUACCUACAUGCAUUGCAGUUUUCCUUGUCCAUAUUCUCAUGUAUGCCAAGCAAUACUUGGAGCAUACACAAAUGGCGAAACUCACAUACAUAGGAGGUUCACAUUCCAUCCUUCAUUGAUUUUUCAGAAAUAUUAAUCGUGCCCUCCCUCUAUUUAAAAUUCGUGGGCCGGUUAUUAUAAAUGUCAACCGACUUAUAUACAAUUCAUGUAUGCAAUUAUUCUUUAUUAGUUAUCCACCAUGCUAUCACAUUCCUUUCCUACACAUUAAAUGCCAUUGCAUAUUAUCUGGGUAAACAUUUAGUUACAGGUUAAUGAAAGAUAGGCUCAGACCAUUGGAACAACAGCUAUGGCCUUGAAAAAAUAAAGUACUUUGAGAAAAGCAAGAUGGAGCGAUAAGUGCUUGUUUUUGCAGCAAGAAGUUGCUGCAUUUGCUCAAAUUGUUUCAAAGAGAAACGAAUCACUGGUACGUAUUUCUACUGGUUUGUGUUGAUCAAUCUAUUAUUUCACUUAUAUGGCCUGUUCAAACUCUGAACAUCAGAUAAUGCGAUACGGGUGUGUGUGUGUCGUAUUGUUUAUUUUCAUCUUCAUGUCGUGUCAAUACUCCU